GUGGGUCGGCGUGUGAAAAGUGCCAAAGUGUGUUCUCUCGCGGCUCGGAGAUUUCGACUCUCGCGAUUUAUGAAGCAGCGAACGGGUGCCAGCAAAAGCAGCAGCGAACGUCAAGUGGUGCCGCGACUUGAAUGCUGAUUCGCGAAGAUCACGCCCCGGUCACAUACUUUGAAAUAUCAUAUAUUGUGUCCGGCGCGCGGCCGUGGGACCCUGGCCAGAUAUUAUUUGCGUCUCUCGAUCAUACCAACAACGCUUAUUAUACGCGAUCACCGCAGCGACAGCAGUUGUUUGGCCGUUGCGUAGAAAAUCGAGAAUAUUAUGUUGCUUUGUUUUAACAUGCAGGCAAUCGAGGAAAAUUAUUCUUUGUUACUACGCGUAUAGUGAAAAGAAAAAUUGACUGGAUCUAUUUCACUUGAAAUUAGUUUGUCUGCUACACGGAGGAUAAAAAUGAAGACGACAAUUUUACAAGCUGAGAAAGUUGGCGACGUCGAAGGUUGGGUGCGCGUAUUCCCAGGGCCCGAGAGCGUCGAUUCGCUGUCCGAGGAGCACCACGGCACUCUUGUGUCCGUGCAGACGCUGACGACGAGCGGCGAAAUCUGCAGGUCUCACUUGGGCAUGUCGCCCGACUCGACCCUUUGGGCUCAGUAUGGCGCAGGACCCAGUUGGCGACUCACAUCCUCGGAAGCGCCGCUCCUACUGCAGGAGCUUUUUCUCAGGGCGCUCGGCUAUGAAGAUCCAGAACGCCGGAAACGCAUGGGAAUCGACCCUGAACUAAGGCACCUUUUAAGAUUUCACACAGGUCCCUCUGAACCCCAAGGUUCAAGCCCUUCAUUACUUGGAUUCCCCAGGGCUGCCAGAUUAUUUGUAUUAAAAGGACUUGUUGUGCCAAGGUGGCGCAGGAGAGCAAUCGCCCUUCUUGGUUCGCGGCUUCUUCUUUUCCCAGCAGAGGCCGGUGCGGAUCCAGAAUUAGAGUUGGAGCUCAAAGGCGGUCGUGUGGAGGCGCAGGUGCCGCGCGGAGGGUGCCUGGUGCUCAGGGUCAUACCUGGCGAGCCAGAGAACAACAACCUGCCAGGCGCGGUGGCCAACAACAAAGCGGCUUCCAAGCAGCAGCAGGCGCUUUUCCUCGGCUUCCAGGGCGAAACCGAGCGUGACCUUUGGCUGGCUUGGCUGACCAAGGCGUGCGACCGGCAACAUCUCGCAGCCGAGGACAUCUCGCCGCAGGACUUGACCGCCGAGUCGCGUCUCUGCCUCGCCAGGAGCGGCCUUCGCAGUCUGCCGGCGCAGCUCUUGUCCGGGCCGAGACUCACCGUCCUGGACAUCAGGGACAAUCUGCUCACCGAACUACCCAAUGAUAUUUGGAGGCUUAAAGGAUUGCAAGAAAUGCGGUUGGACCGAAACGCGUUGCGCGAGUUGCCCGACGGGCUGGUGCAGCUGCACGAUUUGCACACCCUUUCAGCCGCGCAGAACCGAAUCACCACUUUGCCCGCGGGCCUCCUGGGACACAUGGAAGCGCUCAGGUCACUGACCUUAAAUAGCAACUUGCUGGAAGCGGCAGCUGUGAGUGCCGCGGCACAAAAGCCGAUUCGCGAGAAUGGAAAUUCAAAUGAAGGGGAUGGUAUUGAAUCCCUGGGACCUUUGAGUCACGUAGACUUGAGGGGAAACUCUUUAAGCGGCUCCAUCGUCUUGGCUGACUACGGGGCGUUGACGUCUCUUGACGUGGGUUUCAACAAAGUACAAAGCCUGGACUUGGCCGCCCUGGAACAGUUGCGGAGAUUGCACUGCGCCAGCAACGAAUUGCGACAUUUGGCCCUCAGCGGCCGCAGUCUCGAAGUGCUCGUCGCGACCAACAACAAAUUGCAGAUGGUUCAAGUUGAGCCGCCACCAUCUAAACUGCAAGAGCUCGAUCUUUCAAGAAACGAGCUGACGAUGAUGCCGUCAUGGUUAGUUGAGUGCCGCGGCUUAUCUAGCAUCGAUGUCUCUCACAACCAACUUACAUCAUUGCCUGAAGUUGUGUUUCUCCUGCCGCACCUGCACACGCUUCAAGCCGGGCAUAAUUCCAUCAGACUUUUGCCCACUAUUCAAAAUUCCAGUUUGUCGCUGCAAAUUCUGCGCCUCCAAAGCAACGUCCUUGCAGCCCUGCCUCCGCACCUUCUCAACAGCUGCACCAGAUUGGUAGAGUUGAAUCUGAGCAGUAAUAGACUGAUGGUAAUUUUGGAUGAUUCGGGAGGCCAAUUGAAGUCUUUGAGACGGAUGUUGGCCUCAAACAACCAACUUGGGGAUGCAGCCCUUCGCCAAAUCGCACGCAUUCCUAACCUCAAAUCGCUUCAUCUGGCUCACAAUAGAAUUGCUCAAAUUCCCGAAAUUUGCAUUGACUCGUGGUCAGAUUUGCAUGAACUUGUCCUGUCAGGCAAUCAACUGACGUCGUUACCAGAGAGCAUAACAAACUUGAGGAAACUUCAAGUUCUACGUGUGCAUUCGAAUCAAAUUAGAAGCUGUCCAGUUGUAAAUCAAAUGCUCUCCCUCAAGGUUUUAGAUCUUUCCCACAAUAGAUUGGAACACGUAGAUUUAGCUCGACUGGCCCCACCGGGACUUCAGUGCCUUGAUAUAAGUUGCAACUUUAGGCUACAUGUUGACCCCAGCCAUUUUAAUCAAUACAGAUCAAAACGAGCAAUGAGUUUGGUAGACACAAGUGGACAGAACAGAAGUUGCCUGCCAAUGUCACCUUAUCACGAAGCUGCAGCCCUGGAAUUACCCUGGACACUUGGAUUUGCAGAAGCUGGAGCCUGGUCAAGGUUUCCAAUAAGCCAACUUCGAAUCCCAGCUUUUUGCAACACAGAGGCUCUGUUAGGAAUUUUUGAAGGAAGUGGAUCUUCGGGACCAGAAGUUUCAAAACUUCUAGCCCAAUCAGUACCGCGAUUGCUUUUGGAGGAGAGAACUUUGCCAGAGACGGCGCACGAGUACAUGAAAUACACGAUUUUGUCAGCACAUAGAGAGCUGCGUCAGAAAGGACAACUGAGCGGUGCCAACGCAGUGAUGUGCCACAUUUCGCGACCGUCGCCAACAAAACCUUACACUUUGCGUGUGGCCAGUGUCGGCCCCCAGGGUGUCCUCCUAGCUCGUAUCGGCGGUUCCUGCGCCAGACUGACGAAAUCUGCACCUCACUCGGAACCCAACAGAAUUCUCGGUCAAUCAUCUGAGUUUCCUCUUGUCAUUCCGGACCCUUUUGUGACAGAGGUCGUGCUUGGAGAAACAGACCAGUUUCUCAUUGGUGCCUCGGAAAAGUUUUGGGACUUUGUACCGGAAGAGGAAGCAGUUCGAGAAGUGUCUGUGACUCUCGGAACAGCUCGCGGCAGCAAGGAGGCAAACACGGCGGCCAAAAGAUUGGUGGAUCUUGCGCAGGGUUACGGAUGCAAUAGCCCCAUCAGUGUUCUUGUUCUCAGCUUACUCGGAGAGGGGCUUAGGCCUUCCAGUCAAAGCGUCAGGGUUGUUUCUCCAGCUGAAGCUUUCGUAACUCAAGCCAGGUCAUCACCAAGCGGUCAAAGUGCCGAAGACGAUCCAGGCCUAGAGCACUUCAGUAGCGCAAGCAGUUCUCACAGCGUGCCUCUGUCAAGGUUUGCGGCACUGCCUGGGUUUUCAGACAUGGGUGGAGACGCCGAGGAUGAAUUAACAGACACAGGAUCUUACGGAGCAAACUCUGCGGGGCCCGAACAACUGAGAUGUUGGGAGUACAUGCUUGAGAAGAACAGUAGAGUUCUCUUUGACAGGGAUUUGCAAGCUAUGAGGCCUACACUGCCAAGAGUGGGAAAAAUUGGGUCGGACAUUUCAAGUACAAAAGGUUCAAUGCGCAACAGAAUAGCCUAUGCAGGUCACAAUGCAGCUUACUUUGGUUCCCUUCAACGACUUUUGCCCACGCUGACUAAAGAUACCUCGAGAAAAUCCCCUGCGUUCAUUCGCGCCCCCUCGGCUGAAAUGCUGCAGUACGUGCCUGAAGAAGAUUUUGGAGAAAUAGACCCUCUGCAGUGCAGCAGAAUGCAACGUUAUUGGGGCGUAGCCACCACAGAACUGUGAUUUCUGUUCUACAGAACUGCUUUUACCAAUGUAUUUUAACUAUUCAGAGUUAAUGUAAAAAUAUAAGUGUAAAUUUAAUAUAAUAAAUUUAAUUUUAAAUUUAGCCGCCAUUUGAA